UUCCCCAUUGCCAUCGCACCCGACGACUCUUAGUUCAGUAUACAUACAAUUCAUUAAUGACUGGAUUUUACAUAAUCCCACUACGCCCGUAACUUGCACAUCUUACGUGCGUACUCGUCGCUCGUACUGUAACAUCGCCCAUCGUCCCACGGCCGGGCCAACAAGCAAGCGCCACCCGAGAUGACCGACGUCGCCGCUUCGUCUACCGCCGGUGCCGGUGCCGGUGCCAGUGCAAGCGCAAGCGCAUCCGGCACGCAGGUUGUCCCUAACGACUUCCAGACGAACAUCCAAUACGCCGAGAUGGAAUAUCCCAACCCUCCCAAGAUGGCCGUCCAGCAGUACUCCCUCCCGCCUCUCCCCUACGCCUACAACGCCCUGGAACCCGCCAUCUCCGAAGCCAUCAUGGCCCUCCACCACGACAGCCACCACCAAGCCUACGUCACCAACCUCAACAAGGCCCUCGCCUCGUACGCCGGCGCCGCCAACAUCGCCGACCAGAUCGCCCUCCUCCCGUGCAUCCGCUUCAACGGCGGCGGCCACAUCAACCACGCCCUCUUCUGGCGCAACCUGGCGCCCCCUUCGUCCGAGGACGCCCAGAACCCGGAGGCCAGCGCCCCGAACCUCGCGGCCGCCGUGCGCGCCACCUUCGGCUCCUUCGACGCCCUCAUUGACCGGUUUUCCGCCGCCCUCAACGGCGUGCAGGGGUCGGGCUGGGGCUGGCUGGUCCGGACGGCCGUUCCCCAGGGCGGGCUGCGCAUCAUAACGACCAAGGACCAGGAUCCGGUGGUGGGGGAGGAGGUGCCGCUUAUUGGGGUGGACGUUUGGGAGCAUGCGUAUUAUCUUCAGUAUAUGAAUGCUCGGCCUCAGUACAUUGAUGCGGUUUGGACGGUCAUCAACUGGACCGAGGCCGAGAUGCGGUACAAUCAUGGCCGGGACUCGAUUUUUGACGAGUUGCUGGCUCACAUGGAGGCCGAUCCUUAGUUUUUCUUUUUUUCCUCUUUCAUUUCCCCGUUUCUCUUCUUCCGAGUAUGGAAAAGCUGUGUCAGUGAACAAAAGGAGUGACAAGGGAAGCAUUACGUUCAAAGCAGACUUGAAAAGAGCAUGAUUGUAUAACCCAAGUACCUGAUCCAUGACUUUGUAAUAUAAAACAUCACAUUGAAACCAACUUCUUGCUGUAUUACCUUGGGUGGUGUGAAUCGAUGGUGAAAAAAGGAAGAAGAAAAAGAAGAAAAAAGGAGGGGAAAAGAAGAGAAAAGGAG